GAUCCUACAUCAUUCUACUGACAAUAGGCGUGCUAACGUUGUUACUGAACUUUUACCGUCGCACGAUGCUGAGACCAGAGAUUAUAAUGGGAUGUCACCGUUGCAUCUUGUCUGCAAAAAUGGAAGCAUUUCGACAUUUAUCGCCCUUAUGAAGGCGAAUAACAUUAGCUUCGAAGCACCCAACUUUGACGGAGACCAACCAAUCCAUUUAGCCGCAGCGGGAGGCCACCUCCAGAUUGUUAUACGUCUUGUGGAAAUGGGAGCAGAUCCAAACACUUCGAAUCGCAAAGGGUUCACGCCGUUACACUUAGCCGCUCAAGCGGGCCACCUGGAGGUCGUUCGGGAACUUGUUCGC